AUGGCAGCUUUAAGAAUGUUAAAGAUGGGUGAACAGGGCGAUACCCCAGCUAAAGACUAUGUUCAUGGUGGUCCAAUGUAUCCUCAUGCCAGUUCUAGAACCAAUACUGUCAAAUUCAUGAGUAACAACUACCGACCCUUCCAAGAUAUACACGGUCGAAUCGUCAGCAAGAGCUUCAGCAAUUUACCAGGGAUGUCUGCAGAGCUGAAGGAAAUACAAAUGCAGUACCCAGUUAAACCCAAGCAACCCGACUCGUCCUCCAUCGACCAGGCCAUGUUAACUAUUGAUCAACAUACUAUCGGCCCAUCUGAAACUGGCAGCAAUGUUGUUGGUACACCUAAAGAAGUUACCAUCAUGUCCGGUGCCAAUCCACGAGUGGGAUUCCUUGAUCCUGUGCAUUCAGCAAUUUUAGACCAGAAGGCCGCAGCUACCGAAUCUAGAGUUAGUGUACAUGAACAGCAAUUAAACAUGAAAUUAGGUAGUGCUAAUGAAGGCUUAUUGCCCCACAAGUCGGAUCCAACCACUCACAAUAUUGGUAGCAUGAAUAUUGAGCCAAUGACUACAACCACGGUUGCCACGACUACCACUACCACUACGACUACAACAACUCAGCCGCCAACCACAACGACCACUCAGCCACCAACGACAACGACCACUCAGCCACCAACGACAACCACCUUAGCCCCAACUACUACAACCACCACGGCCACAACUACCAUGGCCCCAGCUGCCAGGCGUCCGAAAUAUCAUAAUAUAUUUGAAUCAAUUAAACACCUACAGAUGACCACGACACCCUUGCCAUAUGCAAAUCCAAUCAUAGUGGGUGAUUCAUCUACAACGCUGGUCAGAUCUUUGCGAGACCCCAAUCCAGUAGGAGCCUACCACACUCUACCAUCGUGGCUGACAAAAAUGAUCACUCAUCCAUCGGCAGUUAGAUCGUCGACUAAUUCUCAAUCUGGCCAAUGGAAACCGGAGUCUAAUAAUCAUUUAGUGGCACCAAAUCAAGAACCGAUCACCCAACUACAUCAAGAGCCUCGAAAUCACCCUAUAAGCACACACCCCGAGCCUCCUGUCCAUGAAAAGCCUGGACAAUCCUCUACGUAUUAUGGAUUUCAGAACAUAAUGCCAUCGCGGAAUACAGACCCACAUUCUAUAAGUUCCCAGUCAUACUCUUCUGGAUCAUCGAAUCAAAAUCAAAACCACGGAAGCAUUAUUCCUGGUCAUACUUCACGAAGUGGACAAUCGGCCUCACACCAUCAAUCUACAAACCCAUUUAUGAAUCGAGGAUCUUAUUCAGGAUCGUACACCAAUUCACAAUAUAUCCCGAUUCCCAAACGCAGACCAGCAUCCUCGUAUCAGAGUAGUUCAUCCCAAUCUUGGUUGUUACCGCGGAAUAGACCCCAAGCAAGCCAGCCAUAUGGAGAAACUGCUUACAGCAGUAAAGCAAACUACCCAGGAAGCGUUAUCACACAAUCCAAGCCCAAACUAGACUUACCGUUUCAACCCAAACCAUUAUCUAACUACCAGAAUUUUGGUCUUCUGGAAUCCCCUGCUAGUCAGAGACCAACAGAAACAGCCCCAAAACUUACCAUUGAUAGAGGAACAUUGUUGAGGGCAUUGAAGCGAAUACAAGCUCUUAGAGAUGGUCAAAGUAUCGAAACAACGACGCCCAAGGCUGAGGAGAAGCCGUAUAUUUGGUUACACUCUUCAAGGGACCCAGUGCGAGUGUCAAACAAGUUCGCUAAAGGAAUGUAUAACAGAGAACAGCAAUACCCGGCGAGGGGCUCAGCGUUACGGACGCUCGGUAUGGGUGCCGUUACUGGUAGUUAGUUUGAAAUUAAUCUAAUAUCUAUCCAUAGUGCAAUUAAUUUAACGGGUUGAGUGACAACAUUCAGUUGUUGGUCCAAGGUUGUUUUGGGGACGGAAAGAAACUGCUCAAAGGUGCUCAAUGAUUUCCCAAAUCUCAUCGAUUCCAUAUUUAAUGUUUAUGUGUUGGAAACCUACUUUCUUUGCAAGGAUCCAGUGUUACACUGAUUUUGUUUUGAACUUCUUCUGAAUAAUAUGGCAUAUUUAUCUUUUGUGAAGAUGUGUUCUUGCUGGGGACUUCUAAAGUUAAUAUAUGGUGUUGACUGAAACUGGAUCAUUUGGGUCCAAUAUAAAUUGUUUAAAUGACGACGGUUGUUGGUUAAUAAUUAUAUCUAGAAAAUAUAUUCUUGGUAUUCAAGAUUUGUUAAAUAUUUUUAUUAUAAUAAACCUAUGAUAUAUAUUCAAC